AUGGAUUAUUUCAGCAGCGUGAGACGGACGGCUGUUUUAUUGACUCUUUGUACAGUUUUGAUUCUUCCUUUCGGCUCCAAUGGAGAGAUCCCACCGAAACCGGCCGGCAGCGUCACGGUUCUGCCGCCAGUCCAGCCCGAUAGUGGUCCGCAAGCCUUUCCAGAUGCAGAAAAGGCAAAUUUGCCAGUGUUUACAAUGGAUUACCCCAGAAUACAGAUUCCCUUUGAGAUCACCCUCUGGGUGCUGCUGGCUUCGUUUGCUAAAAUUGGUUUCCAUGUGUACCAUAAGAUCACUAUAUGGGUGCCGGAGUCAUGUCUUCUGAUCAGCAUAGGUCUGAUCGUGGGUGCCAUCAUGCACUCUGUUCACGAGGAACCGCCGGCUGUUCUCAGCUCCAAUGUCUUCUUCUUGUACAUGCUGCCCCCCAUCGUCCUCGAUUCGGGUUAUUUCAUGCCCACCAGGCCCUUUUUUGAGAACGUUGGCACGGUGCUGUGGUUUGCAGUUGUGGGGACACUGUGGAACAGUAUUGGCAUUGGGAUGUCCCUGUUCGCCAUAUGUCAGAUCGAGGCAUUCGGCGUGCAGGACAUCAACCUCCAGGAGAACUUGCUGUUUGCUGCCAUCAUCUCGGCCGUUGACCCCGUGGCAGUGCUGAGUGUGUUUGAAGACGUGUCCGUCAACGAGCAGCUCUACAUCGUGGUGUUUGGAGAAUGCCUCUUCAACGACGCCGUCACUGUGGUCCUGUACAACAUGUUCAACUUUGUGGCCGAUAUGCCGGUGGUGGAGCCAGUGGACGUGUUCCUGGGCGUGGCACGGUUCUUCGUGGUCGGCCUGGGAGGGAUGGGCUUUGGGAUGCUGUUUGGCUUCGUGGCGGCUUUCACCACACGCUUCACCUCCAAGGUGCGAGAGAUAGAGCCACUCUUCAUCUUCAUGUACAGCUACCUGGCCUACCUGGUGGCUGAGCUCUUCACCAUCUCGUCCAUUAUGGCCAUUGUGACCUGUACCCUGACCAUGAAGUACUACGUGGAGGAGAAUGUUUCCCAGCGUUCCUGUACUACCAUCCGCCACGUGGUCAAGAUGCUGGGCUCCAUCUCUGAAACGCUCAUCUUCUUCUUCCUGGGCGUGGUCACCAUCACCACGGAGCAUGAGUGGAACUGGGGCUACAUCCUCUUCACCUUGCUGUUUGCCUUCAUAUGGAGAGGCCUCGGUGUUUUGGUACUGACUCAGAUCAUUAACCCUUUCCGCACCAUCCCGUUUAACCUGAAAGACCAGUUUGGUCUGGCGUACGGUGGCCUGCGAGGUGCAAUUUCUUUUGCACUGGCUUUCACCCUUCCAGAUAACAUCGGCCGGAGGCGGCUCUUCAUCACUGCCACUAUCGUCAUGAUCCUCUUCACUGUCUUCAUUCAGGGCAUCAGUAUACGACCUCUCAUUGAGUUCAUCAAUGUCCGCAGAACAAACCGCAACCUCUGCACCAUCAAUGUGGAGAUUCAUUGCAGGCUCAUGGAGCAUACUGUUGCUGGCAUCGAGGACCUCUGUGGACAGUGGAGCCACUUCUAUUGGAAGGACAAGUUUCUGAAGUUCAACGACAGGAUCCUGCGUAAGAUCCUGAUCCGGGACAACCGGGCCGAGUCCAGUAUUGUGGCGCUGUACAAGAAGCUGGAGCUGCAGAACGCAAUGGAGAUCCUGGACACGGUGUCUGGUGACAUCAGCGCCGCACCGUCUAUCGUCUCCCUUCAUGAAGAAAAGAAGGACUUGGCUAAACCCAAGAAGAAGUUCAUGGCUGCUGACUUGAGGAACAUGCACAGUCUCUUGUCCAAGAACAUGUACAAGAUCAGACAACGGACGGUGGCAUACACCAGAAAGAACGCCCUGCCAAACGACUCCCAGGCGAAAGAAAUCCUGAUCAGACGCCACACCAGCAUCCGGCGCAGCCUCCGGCCUGGCAGCUUCCAGACAACGUCGAUCCCGAAAUCCCACAAGUACUUCUCUCUGCCAGCCGGAAAGGGUCUGGACUCCAGAUUCUCCCUUAAGAGAUUCAGUCAUGCAGCUGAUGAGGAGACCAUGUCAGAGGUGGGCUUCUCCUCCAGAAGCUCCAGGCUUGACAAGUCAGCCCGCCCCUCUUCCCGGGCCAUGAUGCCCCUUCACAGGCUGGACACCCUGAAGGAGGCGUCGUCUGUUGACCUUGUGAAUGAGAGUGACACCGAGACAGGGAGGGUGGGGCGAGGCAUGUCCAGAUUGAACUCCUCCUCCAGCGACUCCCGUGUCCCUGCCCGUCGCCGUCCCUUCGGCCCUGCGGAUGACACCAGAAACGGUCAUCAUGACAUAAAGAAGGAGGAGGAGCAGGAGGAGAUGGAGGAGGAGGAACAGCAGCAGCAGCCGGCAUCCCCACCACCACCGGCCUGGGCCGCUGAACCCAGAGAGCAAGACAGCCAUGCGGCGCGAAACCCUCUGCUCCGGAGGCCGCAGUGGAACCCGAAAAAACCGUGAAGCAAACCGGGAGUGGCGGUUCUUUAGCGGUCAGGGACUGCUUUGGGCCGUGUCUUAGGAUUUCAGACAGCAUCUCUGUUUCCAACAGCGUGUUCUGAUUAGACUCCAGAGGUCUAUUCAUCCCCUAUGAAGACGGAACCAAACUGUUCGUAUCGGUCACAGCACCAC